AAUCUUUGUUUUCAUUUUUCAUUGGAAAAAAAACUCUCAGAAACUCCCUCCAUUGCCAUCCACAACACACGACAUCGGCCAGGCAUAAUGUCGGCCCGUAACCCACAGACUUUGAUGGCACUGCCCAACGAGGAGAACUUUGACUUCCUGUUCAAAAUUGUCCUGAUCGGAGAUUGUGGGACGGGAAAAACCUGCAUAGUGGACAGGUUCAAGACGGGAAACUACAUAGAGCGACAUGGCAAUACGAUUGGAGUGGACUUUUCCAUGAAAACCAUAGAAGUUGAGGCAAAACAAAUUAAGCUACAAAUCUGGGACACGGCUGGCCAGGAGAGGUUUCGCACAAUUACGCAGAGCUAUUAUCGGUCUGCCAACGGAGUCUUAAUUGUUUAUGACAUUACAAAGAGGUCUUCCUUCUCCAAUCUGCAAAAGUGGAUCGAGGAGGUGCGUAGAUACACGGCGUCGAAUGUGCUGAUUAUAUUGAUUGGCAACAAGUGCGACCUGGAGACGGAGCGCGAGGUUGACUUUGAAGAGGCUCGCCAAAUGUGUCAAUAUAUACCUGAAAUCCUUUUUGUGAUGGAAACGUCCGCUAAGGAGAACAUGAAUGUAGAGGAUGCUUUCCGCUGCCUGGCCACCGAACUUAAGCGCCAACACGAUGCCAACAAUGUGGAGGCAGUGGAAGAGAACACCAUCACCCUAGGCCAAGGGAAACCCCUGAAGAGUUGCAGCAGCUCCUGUAAUCUCACUUAAACUUAAGCAUCACCGUUUUUAUAUUGUUUUAUUUUGCUUUUACGUUUUGUGAUCAAACUGUUCAUGUGGCUAUAUAUUUAGUUUUCUAAUAUUUAAACCUAAUCCUAAAACUUUUUUCGGGUUACUUACUGGCGGAUGCGAGUAAGCCUUUUAAUUUAAAUACUAACUAUACACAACCAUGUAUUUAUUUUAGACGAUAGAGUACAAAUCAAUCUCACACAUCAACAAACAAGUGAAUCGCGCUAACAAUGUCAAUUAGAAGGCAAUGUUUGAAGAGAGGAAAGAUACGUCCAAUUCUGUAUUCAAUUUAAUACGAAAACAGUUUCGAAAUAAACUCUUUUUUGUAAUUUUA